GCUUGUCUCAGCACUUCCAGGCAGAUUCACCUUCCUGUGCAAGAUCCUCUGGUGUGAUGGAGCCAGGCAGGGAAAAGGAGGAGUGUCUGGCCUACAUCCAAGCCUUCCUUGAAGGCAACAAAGAGGUGACUAGCCACUUGUCCAAGAGCUUCUUGCAUCCAGCCUGCCAGCAGGAGGUGCAGGCACACUACCCACAGCUCUGUAUGGCCCUGCUCUUUCGGCUAGCCCACCUGGUCCAACCAGAACCUCAGGGCAUCAACUUCUUCUGGGGGGAGUACCGGAGCCAGAAGAUGCUCAUCCCAGCCACCCCUGUUAGGUCUGCAGUGGGUGACCUGAGAGCCUUGAUGCAAGGGGCUGGCUAUGUGGAGCAGAUCAUCUCCAUCCAGAAGCAGGGAGGCUGGGACAUGAUGAUGAGCUUUGAGGCACAUCACAGAGGGGUUGGCUUGCUUGCCAGAGCAAUGCGGAGGAACCCUGUUGAAGAGCGCUCCUGGAUGAUCCAUCACCUCCUGAAUGUCCUAAGGAGCGGGGACAAGACCCAGCACCUCUCAGCCUUGGCUUUCCUUGUUGAGCUUCUCCACUGUGCUGAUCUCAGUUACCAGCUGGAAGAGGUUGUCCUGAGGCUGAGAUGGCAGCUGAGCAACCAAAAGCUCCUAGUUCACUGGCUGGCACUGCAAGGACUCCUCAACCUGGCCUGUCAGCCUGAAAAGGUGGUGACACUCCAUUACUUGCUGCCAGAGCUCCUUGAGCAGCUGAAGGAGGCAGACAGGGAUGUGAUUGCAAAAGCCUUGAUGGUCAUCAGGCACAUCCUCACCACUCUGGGCAGGCGGAGAGCCAGCCGGGCUGCUCUGCUAGUAGCUGAGAAGAUUCUGCCCUUCUUUGACGAUGUGUCCAGCCGGCUUCGAUUUCUCACCAUCUCCCUGUUUGGAGACCUGCUGAGGUUAGUGCAGAGGAUGGACAAAAAGAGCAUGAAGAUGUAUGUCCUGAAGAGCUUUGUUUCAUUGUUCUUCCACUUGGAGGAUGUGAACCCCAAGGUUUCUGAGUCAUCUUGGGACACCCUCUUCACUGCUGCAGCACUUCUUGGUUGGACAGAGAUCCAGCCCCUUAUCCAGAGGAAGGAGACAUGGAAGAUCUGUGAGUGUCUGCUAAUGAGGAACAGGAGAAGAGCUGAUGAUUUCCUGAUGGAGAGCCUUGUCUACAUAGAGAGCCCUCAGGAUCCCAUCCGUGAAGCAGCGGUCAGGUUCAUUGGACUUGCUGCCCGGCAGAUAGAGGACCAGAAUGAGGAAAAACUACACAAACUCUGCAGCAUCCUGAAUGACCUGCUUCUGGACCAGAAGCCCUCUGUCAGCACCCUGGCUUCUCAGACGCUCUUGAUUCUGAAGGUCACUUGGAACCAGCCAGCAGCAGGGUGCACCCUAGGGGCCCUCUUCACUGCCUGUCUCCCGUUCUGUGGGGGGGAUAGCCAUGGUGAAAGACAUGAGAAGCAGCAGCAGCCAGUGCCAUCAUGA